UUGGAGGCCCGGGGGACGUCACGUGGUGCGGGUCGCUGACAGCGUCAACCCUCCGGAGCGGCGGGUGCGCACUUGGGUGACGCUGCAGGGCCGGCCCCUCUUCGGGGUCCCUUUUGUUGGACCAUCAAACAUAAGCACCUUUGGAGAUCCCGAGGGGGUUCACAUGAGAGUCGGCCAUCAUCUUGAGCUUGGAGAGACACCGAUCAGCAUGUCGAGGUCUUUCUACGUCGAUUCUUUAAUCAUCAAGGACUCGGUCCGACCGGGACCGGGACCCGGACCCAGACCCGCGGAGCACCCGGGCCAGGACUUCUUCAUCCCCCUCAGCAUGCCGGUGUGUCCGUCCCGGAAGACGGGCACCUUCUGCGUCUGCCCGCUGUGCGUCACGUCGCACCUGCACGCGUCCCGUGGCGGCAUUCCGGUGCUGAAGAGCCAGUUUCCGGGCGUGGAGGCGCAGUACUGCCACCGGAUAGCGCAUCACCAGCCACCUGCGCUCGCGCACCCGGGCCACACGUCUGUCUGCGCGCCCACGUUCAGCGUCACGGACCCGAGGAGAUACCACUGCCUCUCCAUCGGCGCCACCGACAGCAGCCACAUACAGAACGGCAAGAGGAUGCGCACGGCGUUCACGAGCACGCAGCUCCUGGAACUUGAGCGCGAGUUCUCCACGAACAUGUACCUCUCCAGACUCCGGAGGAUCGAGAUCGCCACGUACUUGAGCCUGUCGGAGAAGCAGGUGAAGAUCUGGUUCCAGAACCGCCGCGUGAAGCACAAGAAGGAGGGCAAGGCCACCCAGAGGAGCGCGCACAGCAGCGGCUGCAAGUGCACGAGCGGCCUCACGGACUACUCGAGGUCGGAGGACGAGGAGUCUCUGUCUCCGGCCUCCGCGUCGGAGGAGAAGGAGGUGUCCCCCAUCUGAGGGGGACCAGACCCCCGCUGGCACUUUCAUCCGGACCUCCGGGCCCCCAACAGAAGAAGAAGAAGAAACUUCCUGCAUGAAAUCUGAAGUGUUGCAAAUAUCCGUUUCAUGUUUAUCCCGUUUUUAAAAAUGUUAACCAGGAAUAAAAUGUGAAUAACUUUGUGGUGAAAUAUCGGGGCGGUGACCCUGUGUGUGCCGUAACAUGACCCCUUUCCGGGUCCCUCCAGACCCGGUGUAGCUCUACACCCCCGUGAGGGUUCGCCUCGUGAAGACUUUGUAAACUAUGUAAAAUGUGUAUUUAUUGUAAUAAACAUGACGAGUUGACC